AUGAGGGAGCGGGAAUGUCAUGGAACCCAAGGUGCGGGUUUAUGGAAGACUUAUGGAAGACUCCGUAACCAGCGGAUCCACAUCAGGAGAACAACUUUAAGGAUUAUUCUUACUGAACUCACAUUGCUCAGUUUGGUGCGACAAACGUCUUCGCAUCCACAGUGUUUAGACUUUCAGCCACCAUUCAAGCCAACGACACACCUAGAGUUUUGCAGCCAUUACGAUACAUUCGGAUGCUGUGAUCAAGAUGCUGACAGUACCAUUGCGGAGAGGUAUUGGGAUCUGAUUGACUUGAAUCCUGAAGACUAUGAACGUUGUGGUGAUUUAUUGAAAGACAUUAUGUGUCAGGAAUGUUCCCCUUAUGCAGCCCACCUGUUUGAUGCAGAGGACCCCUACACCCCAGUGCGGGAGUUUCCAGGCCUUUGCUUCUCCUAUUGCCAUGAUUUCCACACCAAGUGUGGCUUCUUCGUGAAGUACAUGACAGACAACAGUGUUCUUCAGGAGGCAUCGGACAAGGGCAGCAUCACCUUCUGCAGUCUUACUGAACUAUCUGACAGGGAUUACUGUUAUCCCAAUGUGCUCCAAAACAACUACCUCUCCAACAAACUUGGCAAAGUGAAGGAGGAUCCCAUGGGCUGUGUCCAGCUGUGCCUGACAGAGGUGGCCAAUGGACUGCGAAACCCGGUGCUGAUGCUCCACAGUGGAGAUGACACCCACCGCAUGUUCGUGGCUGAACAGGUGGGCUUCGUGUGGGUGUACCUGAGGGACGGCAGUCGCAUGGAACAGCCCUUCCUGGACCUGAGCGGCGAGGUGCUGACCACCCCCCGGCUCGGGGACGAGAGAGGCUUCCUGGGCCUAGCUCUCCAUCCACGUUACCGUGCCAACGGACGCUUCUUCAUCUACUAUUCCAUCCUGGUGCAGGGCAGCCUGGAGAAGGUCCGCAUCAGCGAGAUGAAGACGUCCGCCCACGACAUGAACAGAGCCGACCACAACUCUGAGAGGGUCAUUCUGGAGAUAGAGGAGCCAGCUGCUAACCACAAUGGUGGGCAGCUGAUGUUUGGCCUUGAUGGAUACCUGUACAUUUUCACAGGAGAUGGCGGAAAGGCAGGGGAUCCUUUCGGGAAAUUUGGAAAUGCUCAAAAUAAGAGCGCUCUGCUUGGGAAAGUUUUGCGCAUAGACAUAGAUGGCAGCAGCCUCGACAGAACUCCAUAUAGGAUCCCGCCUGAUAACCCUUUCAUCGGAGAGAAGGACGCGCGGCCAGAGGUGUAUGCCUACGGUGUCAGGAACAUGUGGCGCUGCUCAGUGGACCGAGGCGACCCCGUCACCCACUAUGGCAGGGGCAGAAUCAUCUGUGGCGACGUGGGCCAAAACCGUUAUGAAGAGGUGGACAUCAUCGUGAAGGGAGGCAACUACGGAUGGAGGGCCAAGGAAGGCUUUGAGUGCUUUGAUAUUAAGCAGUGUUAUAACUCCUCGAUGAAGGAUAUCCCUCCAAUAUUUGCUUAUGGGCACCACAUUGGAAAAUCCAUAACAGGGGGUUAUGUGUACAGGGGAUGUGAGUGGCCCAAUCUCAAUGGCCUUUAUAUCUUUGGAGACUUCAUGAGUGGUCGGUUGAUGGCCUUACAAGAGGAUAAGGUCACUGGGACCUGGAAGGAGAAGAGCAUAUGUAUGGGAGACACAGCCACCUGCUCGUUUCCAGGACUCAUCAACCACCAUCAUAAGUUCAUUAUCUCUUUUGCUGAAGAUGAAGCAGGUGAACUGUAUUUCCUGGCCACCUCAUAUCCAAGUGCUAUGUCUCCUUUUGGAACGAUAUACAAGUUUAUGGAUCCCUCCAGGAGAGCAGCUCCAGGGAAAUGUAAAUACAAGCCACUUCCUGUGAAAGUCAGAGGCAAAAAAGUUCCUUUUGUUCCAAGAGAAUUGACUGUACUGGAUGUCAAUGAAAUGCCUACAAGACCUCCUCUUAAAAAGCUAAAAAAGUAUACAACCAAAGCACCCAUCAACAGACAACCUAAAACCACUCUACCUGAGACCAGCAAUAUUUCUCCAAUAAGUAAGACCACUUUACCAUCUACUUCCUCAAAUUCAAGAUCUACGAGCCAAACACUCUCCCAGCAAACUCUACAGAAAAAGCUAGAGACAUUUACAACCAAAUCACCUGGGACAACUGAACUUGAAAUCACUACACAUACUGAGAGUAAUAUUGCUCCAAUAACUAAGAACAAAACAAAUGUACUGCCUAUAAGAAAGUCCACUUUUAUAACAGCUUCCUCAAAUGCAACAGUUACAAACCAAACACUCUCUAAGCGAAAGACUGCAGGAACUCCACAGAAAACGUUGAAGACAUUUACAACCAAAGCACCUGUGACAACUGAACUUAUAACCACUCCACGUACUGAAAGUCAUAUUGCUCCAAUAACUAAAAACAAAACUGCUUCAUUUCCUAUAAGAAAGUCCACUUUACCAGCAACUUCCUCGAAAGCAAGAGCUACAAACCAAACACUCUCCAAGCAAAAGACUACAGGAACUCCACAGAAAAAGCUGACGACAUUUACAACCAAAGCACCUGUGACAAGUCAGUCUGAAACCACUGCAUGUCCUGAAAGUAAUAUUGCUCCAAUAACUAAGAACAAAUCUACCUCACUCCCUGUAAGUAAGUCAACUUCCCUAGCUACCUCCUCAAAAGCAAAUUCUUUGAACCAAACACUCUCCAAGCAGAAGCCUCAAAGACAAGUGAAGAAGAUCACUCAGAUGAAGGCAAAGACAGGAGUCAGAUAUCCCAAAGCAGAAUUUCCCACACCAGACCUGAAAGUUGCACUUAAGAUCAAUUUACUGAACAAGAAAAAGGCUACAAAAAAGAGACCUAACAAACAACCAUCAAGGCAGAGGGUGGAGAAAUCAAAAAUGACCAAACGGGUUGAAAAAGGAACAAUGAAAUCAGUUAAAAUAAAAACCAGCAAAGCUCAAGCCAACACAAAAAAGAAAAAAGGAUAAUGAUAUUACGAUUAAGUUGAAUUUAAACUGAUGUUGUAUGUCUAGGUCCGUUUGUGCCCAGCAUAUGUGACGACCUCACAUUAGGAAUUCACCUUUUCUGGUGUAAAUAUAAAAUGUUGAGACCAAAUGUAUUGCACUAA